UCUCACCUUGGAAUCCAUCACAACCGACCUCCGAUCCACUUCUGCUCACCAGACACUGCUAAGCUAGCUAGCUGCUUUACACUUCACUCACUAGUCACUAGCAGCUUGAUCAUUCGACGAUCAGUGAGUGUUAUCAUAUACAGUCGUAGCUGCAAUAUUAAUAUAUAUAUGGCUCGCCUCUCCGCCGUUGUCGCCGUCGUCCUGGUGGCUGCGCUGGUGGCGGCUGAGACCGCUUCGGCUGCGGUGAGCUGCAGCCAGGUGACGUCGGCCGUGGCGCCGUGCCUGGGGUACGCCAUGGGCAGCUCGGCGUCGCCCUCGCCGGCGUGCUGCAACGGGGUGAGGUCGCUCAACAGCCGGGCGUCGUCGACGGCGGACAGGCAGGCGGCGUGCGCCUGCCUCAAGAGCAUGGCGGGGAGGCUGGGUGGCAACAUGGGCAACGCCGCCGCCAGCAUCCCCAGCAAGUGCGGCGUCAACGUCGGCGUGCCAAUCAGCCCAAACGUCGACUGCGCCAAGAUUAACUGAGACGAAGGAUGAUGGAUGCUCAGCUCUCUAUCGUCUUUGGGUAUGAUGUCCGCCAACAAGAGCAGAGAGCAGUCGUUUAAUUUACAACCUCUUCCUUUUACAUUUGUACAACACCACGCACCACCUGUGUACGUCGUCGUGUAUGUACAACAAUAAUCUUCUCUCUGCUUAUGUGUUUGCUGGGUCUCUGUUUUCAUGUACUACUACCAUGAUGCUGCUGCUACUGCUUGUUAUAGGCAGGUCAGGCAGCUCUCCGCUCAAUCAAUAAACUUUUUUCUGUAUACCUACAUGCA